UUGUCGAGAUGGUGGUGGUGGUGGCGGUGGUGGUGGUGGCAGCAUCAACUGCUACACCAGGACCCACCGUGGCAAGAUUAAGCCUCGCAAACACCCGCCACUUGUUAUGUUAAGCGUACGUACUUGAAAGCAGUCACUUCUGUGACAACUGUACGGAAUUAAACAAUUUGUUAAGCCCUUUUACUGAAAAAAGUAUACAGUAAAAUCGGAUUAUAAGAAGCCGCGCGGUACCAAGAAGUGCCACCACUGCCACCACUGCCGCGCCACCGACGCAUGGAGUCCGCAAGUGCAUCUCCGCCGGCAACCACAACAGCAGGCGCGGUCCAGUCACCACUCGAGGCGGAGAACGCACUGCGAGAGGCUGCGUCUAGGACCGUGCCUUCGCCAGUGCCACCUCGGGAGUGCUACUCCCCAGCGGCGUCUUCGAGUCCCCAUCCCUUGGCACUGUGCCUGGGACCGCCGUGUCCACCGUCAGCACAACAGACGAUCGUCCAGGUAAAUCGGACGCCCCCACCACCGCCACACUCCUUCCUGCUGGGGUCUGGUCACGGACAUGUCUCUUGUCCGGCAUCGCCGCCCACAGCCUCCAAGAAUAAGGCGUCGCUAGGUUUGACGUGCGUCGUAUGUGGAGACACAAGCUCGGGGAAACACUACGGCAUCCUUGCGUGCAACGGCUGUAGCGGUUUCUUCAAGCGAAGCGUCCGGAGGAAACUUUACUACAGAUGCCAGGCCGGCACGGGGCGCUGUAUUGUGGACAAGGCGCACAGGAACCAGUGUCAGGCCUGUCGCCUCAAGAAGUGCCUACAGAUGGGCAUGAAUAAAGACGCCGUACAAAACGAGCGUCAGCCGAGGAACACGGCCACGAUACGACCAGAAGCUCUGCUCGAGAUGGACCAGGAGAGGGCGCUGCGUGAAGCUGCCGUUGCUGUUGGUGUAUUUGGCCCCCCAGUUUCCCUCGCCAUGGGUCUAUCUCCGAGGUACCACACUGGUAUGCUGACAUCUCCCAUAGAAUUGCCACCCAAGCAAGAAGCAGACGAUGAGGACAGUAUAGACGUAACCAACGAGGAGACUUUGCCCCCCACGCCUCGCCCACUCACCUGCUCUGCACCGACGCCCACAGUUUCGUCUCUGGCCUCACAGCAGCGUCCAGUCGAACCAGCGGCUAUCUAUCCGCCUAUCCAGGAGACCGUGUACGAGACGUCAGCACGGCUACUCUUCAUGGCCGUUAAGUGGGCCAAGAACCUGCCCUCAUUUGCAAGGCUUCCGUUUCGAGACCAGGUGAUACUUCUAGAGGAAGCGUGGGCAGAGCUAUUCCUGCUGAACGCCGUUCAGUGGUGUAUGCCGCUGGAGUCCAGUCCUCUGUUCUCGGUGUCGGAUCAUGCCUCAGGAGCGCCAAACGGCAAGGACAGCCAGGUCGCUGCUGACAUUCGUAUUCUUAACGACACUUUGCUGCGGUUCAAGGCCAUCGGAGUCGAUCCCGCUGAGUUUGCCUGCCUUAAAGCAAUCGUCCUCUUUCGUUCCGAGACACGAGGCCUGAAGGACCCGGCGCAGGUGGAAAAUCUGCAAGAUCAGGCACAGGUGAUGCUGGGUCAGCACACAAGGGGGCAUUACCCUGGACAGGCAGCGCGUUUCGGCAGAUUGCUCCUAAUGCUACCACUGCUUAGGCAGGUUACUACUGGACGAAUUGAACAGAUAUUCUUUCAGCGGACCAUCGGCAACACUCCGAUGGAGAAGGUCCUCUGCGACAUGUACAAGAACUGAACAAAUAUUUCACUGAGCUCUCAGACAGAAGAGGCCAGACAUUUUGUGUGGGGAGGGGGUGUUUGAGAGAGCCUCACUGAAAUAAGUGUAGUUUAUUCCUUUGGGUAGGUCUGUUCUGAAGAAAGAACAUACUGGAGUGUUCGAGAACGAAGUGCUAGGAGGACGUUUAAUCUAGGAGAGAUGGAGUAACAGAAAACUGAAAAGAAUUACUUAAUAAUUAACUUCAAAAUGUUGUAAUGUUCUUUAAACAUUCCAUGAGGUAACGAAAUGAAACCAAUAAUUUAGAGGAGGCAUUUAGCAUGUAUCGAUGAAACGAGAAGUACAUAUAAAAUUCUGAUUGGAAAACCUCAAGAGAAGAGGCAAAUUGAGACAUCUACGCUUAAAUAGGAAUAUAAUAUUAAAAUUACUCUUAGAGAAAUAGGUAACAAUAAUCACUACGUCUAUGAAGUGACUGCCUACACAGUGAAUGGUAGGUGAUCCAUGCCCGGUUUGGGAAAUAUAUAGUUUCUCUUCAAAAGCCUCUAGAAAAGCUGUGGGGCCCGUCUAACUUCCCAUCUAAUGCAUGCAGGAGGUGAAAUGGUGGAAAGGCGGAGCUAGAAGUCGACCUUCUUAUUUCGAAGUCUAUAAUGUUUGGAGGUUUACUUCCAAGCUAUUUUAUACUCUAUCGCGUGGUGCUUACGUACAAGAGGGACACAUCUAUCGUAACAGACAAAUAUUGUGUGAAUGUGUGAACUUGAUUGAAUUGACUCAGAAUGGUUUAAUUUGGUCAACAUAGUGACAGAUUCCAAAAAAAAAACGAAAGACUGUAUUGAUCCCCUGAGCAAGUGGCAGCUUUCGUGGAAUGUCCUGAACCUUGGAGUUUAGUGGCUGCAGAAGUACAUGUCAGUCCGUGAGACUCUUACAGUAAGAUUACCUGUUCUGUGUGUUGCCUGAGACAAGAUGCACACAUAUAUGGGCAAAACACUUCAGUUUUACUUCACUUGCAUUUAGAAUAACUCACAACUAAAUAAAAUAUUUGUUUCAAAUUCAGUUUACCAAAUUCUAAAUGUAAUAUGCCCUAUAUUUGAAACUUAAGUGUGUUUAAUUUACUGAACAGGAACAGAGGUGAAAAGUCCUUGUUUACUAAUUUUUUAGUUUUAAAUCGAGUGAACUAUACUGGCUCUUCUCGCCAAUCAAUACAUUACACCCAUUAGGCUCAAUCUUAAGAACUAAAUUUUACAGAUAUCUUUAUAAUUAUUGUAUCCUUAACUUUCAACACAAGUACAUCUAAUGCCGAGGUCAAGAAUGAUGGAGCCAUACCUCUACUCCCACAUGUAUCUUCAUGGUAUAGUGUUUAAUUAAUUAGGUACAAAGACAGUUUUACCUCAUCCUAUUUAGUUUAAUAAAAACCAUCUGAUGAA